AAAUAGCCGCGGGGCACCAAGGGAUAUAGAGUCCUCAAGCCGGGGACCUCCCGCAGAAGAGCUCGCCACCGCCCUACAACUCCCAGGAGGCAUCGCGGCGAAACAUGCCGCGCGGGGCUUCGGGACGUAGGCAAGCAGCGCGCCUUUGCGCGCAAAGGCCUAAUGGAGCUGUAGUCUGGCUCCCCGUCUCCACGCUCCGAGCAGGUCUUUUCCUAGGGCCUCGGGGAAUUUCAGAGCCCCGCGGCGUGGGGGUGGCGCAGUCACAGGAGGCGGAAGGUUUACAUCAGAAUCAAGCUUUUUGUACGCUCCUAGGUGCGGCCCCUUAGCGCGAUCUCAGACUACAGGUUUUGAACCAGGAGAGCUGCAAAAUUCAGGACUACAGGUCCCGCCACCCUGCUCGCUCCGCCCCUGCCUCAGUUUCUUCCCUGACAGCUGGCGUGCCGUCGGGAUUUGGAAUGGUAUGAGAAGUCGGAGGAAACCCACGCUCCUCAAAUAGAACUACUUGAGACCACCUCUGCUCCACAGCCUCCCAAUCCUUCGGAGCCCUUUUGCCCCAGAGACUGCAUGGUGCCAGUGGUGUUUCCCGGGCCUGUGAGCCAGGAAGGCUGCUGUCGGUUUACUUGUGAACUUCUGAAGCAUAUCAUGUACCAACGGCAGCAGCUCCCUCUGCCCUAUGAACAGCUUAAGCAUUUCUACCGGAAACCUUCUCCCCAGGCAGAGGAUGUGGUGAAGAAGAAACCUCGAGCCACUGCUGACAUGGGCAGCAGGAAAUGCCAACAAGCCCUGGCAGAACUGGAGAGUGUCUUCAGCCACCUAGAGGGUCUCUUUGCCCGGACACUAGUACCACGGGUGCUUAUUCUCCUUGGCGGCAGUGCUGUAAGUCCCAAGGAGUUCUAUGAGCUUGACUUGUCCCGCUUAGCCCCCAACAGCAUGGACCAGAGCCUGAGCACGGCAGCUUGUUUGCGUCGUCUCUUCCGAGCUAUUUUCAUGGCUGAUGCCUUCAGUGAGCUGCAGGCUCCUCCGCUCAUGGGCACCAUCGUCAUGGCACAGGGGCAUCGCGACUGUGGAGAAGAUUGGUUUCGACCCAAGCUCAACUACCGAGUGCCCAGCCGGGGCCACAAACUGACUGUGACCCUGUCCUGUGGCAGAGCCUCCAUCCCAGCCACGGCCUGGGAGGAUUACAUUUGGUUCCAGGCACCAGUGACACUUAAAGGCUUCCACGAGUGAAUGGGGGUGCUUCUUAAUCGUGAACACAAUGGCUAAAUUAUCUUCUCCGCUGUGGCACCAAGUCGCUUGUCUCUUGCUUGGAGCUAGAGUUGCUUCCAGGUGAGAGGAAGGUACUAUCCUUCUGGCUGCCUGCCUCCCCUCCUCGGACUUCCUGGAGGGUUGAUGGUAUGGCUGUGGCUGUAAUAAUCAUCAUUGAACAACGUCUCUGAAUCAAAGGUUGAUUUUCCUGGUGGGUGCUGGGUCAGGUGUGUCUGUUUGGGGUUGGAAAGCAAACUUGGGCCCACAGACAGACACUCUUAUGGAGGUGGCCACUUUCUGCUUUUUGCUGUGGCCUUUCAGAAUUUUUAACAGGGACAUGAUAAUGUGAGUGUGACUCAUGAACUUAAAUAUAAAAUGAAUGAAUUCGUAUUAAAUUUUCCUGAAACUCUU